UUGAACCUGAUGCUGGAUAUUACUUUACUCAAUCCAGGAAGUAAUUUAGGAAUGGCCAUGCAGCUUGGCAUCACCAUAAAGUAAUCAGACCGCGUGCCCCAGACUCCUAAGCCAAUGGUCCAUGAAUCUUUUAAGGAACUCCAGCUUGUGGACUACAUUCAUUGUCUUGUUUUACCUUAUAGCAGCAGAUAUUUGUGCUAUACAUGUCAAGUACUAUCAUCACUUACGUCCGGAUUUAUUCAAUAUUGGCACCGAACUCGAUUUCACCAACCCUUUUACUCUCCAACUGGUUAAAGAUUGAACUAUGGCUGGUAUAUGACGACCGUAUGCUCCAGGCAAGCUGCUGCUAGCAUCAUGAUUGUUCCGUUAUCUGUUAUCUCGAGUGGCACUGGCUAGAAAGCGGAUAAAGGCUCGGCUAUUAUAAUUCACAUUGACUUCGGACGAAGACGACAAAAAGAAGCGUGAAGCAUGACAAUACCGACAAUCCUUUUGACGAAUGCACUCAGUGGUUGCACUAGAAAAUGAAUUGUGUCUAAUCUAAGAACGGACAACACGUAUUUCAGUGUACCUAUGCAUAUGUAUUAUCGUGUAACAUAUAAAUAAGCGUUUUCUUGCUUGGUCAUAGUUAGGGGUAACCCCAAACGAUUAAUUUACGUUCUGCUAGAAAAUACAUAACUCUGUCAUGCAUUCAAAAGGGUUUGUCCCUUACUACACGAUCAGCGUCGAAAAAUUCGUCUAGAAAGUUGACAUAUGCCAACUACUCCACGUAUUCCCACUUCGCUACUUCAAUAGCAAAGGAAUUCAAUUCAAUGGAGUUCGACACCGCGUUACUGGUCCGCUCGGACGGCGUGAAAUCGUAUAAUUACCUCAUUGCGGCUUCGGCUGUAUGGCUGAGUUCGUUCUCAAUGGGCACCUGCUAUGGGUACUCAGCACCUGCGAAAAGUUCGAUGCUUGCUAUGGACGAAUUCCCUAUAUCAGAGCAGCAAUUUCAGUGGUUAGCCAGUAUACUCAUGUUUGGUGGACUGGUUGGAGCUCUUACUGGAGGUGUGCUCAGUGAUUACAUGGGUAGACGGUGGACACUAAUCGUGGCAUCACUAGGAAUGAUCGCCGGCUGGCAGACGAUUAUUUGCGCAUUUUCAAUCACAUGGUUGCUCACCGGAAGGGCUAUUUGUGGAUACUCUACAGGUGUUCUGUCACUGAUUGGUCCUAUCUAUUUAUCGGAGGUGUCGCCUCCAGCAGUCCGGGGUUCUCUCACUUCGGCCGUCCAACUGUUUGUUGCUACCGGACUUCUAACUAUGUAUAUUGUCGCCAACUUCUGUGCCUGGAAAUGGCUUGCUCUCUUUGGAAUGGUCUUCGCCAGCUUAACCGUCAUUUUACUGCUGUUUUCUGUUGAGAGUCCAGCGUGGUACUUCAGUAGAGAGCAGCAUUCUAAAGCGACUAAGUCUCUUCUGUUUCUUUGGGGCGACUGUGAUCAAGUUACAUCUGAAAUUAUGCGACAAGAAGGACUUAGUGAACGACAGGGACCAAUAAUGGCUGACAGUGUUGAUCAUAUAUACAAAAUCUCAGUCACUAAACCCAUUCUUCUAUCUGUGCUUUUAAUGGUCGCCCAACAAGGAUCCGCUGUGAACGCAGUUGUCUUCUACGCCGAGGAUAUCUUCCAUCGGGCUGGUAGCUCCCUUUCAGCUUACACCUGCAUGGUUGCCUUCGGAUUAGAACAGGUAAUUGGCGCUGUAAUAAGCAUGAGUCUGAUAGACAGCUACGGCCGUCGGUAUCUAUUAUUGGGUUCAUCGUUUCUUGUCUCCAUUUCCCUUUAUACCAUGGUAGUCUACUUUAUUGAGCUUAAGUCGCCGUCGGGUCAAUGGGGUUGGAUUCCUCUCGUAGCUAUGUCGAUUUACGCAAUAGCAUUUGCAGUUGGACUGGGACCUGUCGCCUGGGUUAUGAUGGGUGAACUUCUUCCCCAACGAUGCCGUUCUUACGGAAGCAUACUGGCAACUAGUGUAAACUACACUUGCGCCUUCCUGGUGACCAAUCAAUGGAGCAAAAUCCAAACAGUUUUAAGUGCAGCUGGCACAUAUGCCGUGUUUGCUACCAUAACGCUGGUAUUAGCGACCAUCUUUUUGGUGGAACUUCCCGAAACAAAAGGAAAGAGUCUGGUAGAAAUCGAAAGGCAUUUUGUCCGAUUACAACGAGUUGAUGCGACCAUUGGCGCGUCGAGUACAGAAAGCUCCAUAGUAGCAACGCCGCCACCACCAUUGGCUACGGGUGGGAAGAACGAAGCGUAACAACUUUAGAAUAUAAUUUUUCCCAUUUAACACAAAAAAAAAUAACUAUAUUUGCAUAGAACAAAGUGAUUAGCUCUAAAAGUGGCUGCUCAUAUGGAUGCGUUCAACGAAGGAAAAUAAAGGAUAAGUAAAGAAAGAAAAUCAGCAUGACGUGAAGCAAUCACUUGGUCAAACAAUCCUUUGUACACCUGGAAACAUUUCUUUCCUAUAUAUAUAAUAAUACAAAAAGUAUAAUUUUCUUAAUAAGUAUCGUAAUUGUAAUUAUAUACUGUGUUUAUGAAUUUUUAUAAUAAUACAAUUAGGUUUAAAGAAAUAGUUGCCAGGUUUAUCCGUCUGGCUUCUAGCUUCGAACAAUUUUUGCUUUUGGCUUUGUGUGUAGAAUGAACGAAUUGCCUUUGACGGGCUCUAGUAGUAAAAGAUGUUAUUCGUCGAAGAUACGAGGUUCUGUGAAAUUACUAAUUUGUGGCAGUGUAUUAUGGUUGUUACAACCAAGUAGAAGACAAUCGAUGGGCCCUGAUACAAAAUUGGAAAAUAAAAAUAAGAACGACAAUUAUUGCAUAAGACAUGCGCAGUUAUGAUAAGAAUAACAGCACUAAAGAGCAAGUAAUCAGGGUAUAAAAAAAUACGUUCAAAAAAUUAAUAGUCAAAAUAAACUUUUUAAUUUCGCGCAACAUGAGUGAUCCGCAGAUGAACAUGUCCAUGUUGCGCUACAAUGCAUACCAGAUCAUUUUGACGUAAAUACAUGACUAAUUUUUUUUGAUAGGGCUAAUUAUUACUAUUUCUUAGAAAACCGACAACCAAAAGAAUCAUUUGUUUGGUUUUAAGCCAACUUCUUUCGAUGAGAAUGAUAUUUUUGGUCGAUGUUAAUCUGAAUCUUACCAGAAUUUAGAAAUAGUGUCUGACAAUGUUGGGUACGUUCAUAAGGUGGUUGAUCAUUCGAAAAUUUAUAAUUUUUUUUUUAAAAAAAAAUUUAUAAAUUUAUAAUUAGAUAAGGUGCAAGAAGAAAUGUAAUAUAAAACCGUUUACAAGCCUCUGAACCUGCAAACGGUUCCUAAGGUCUAACAAAAUACCGCUGCCAUUUUCGUUGCCCAGACUAUAUUUGUGUCGGUAUAGUAAUAUAAUAGCUAUCCACUACCAUAUGGGAUCAGAUUAUUUAUUUCUUAUAGGAGGUUGAACCACCGCGAAUCAAGACUGUUGAAGUGUGGCAAAGAAUUCUUAAAUACUCGGGUGUGUACCAAUUAAAUACGGACGUAAAUACUCGAUGGCGCCUAACUUCUGAGCUAAUACUAAUCUUCUGUAGCUUUUAAUAUUGUAUUCGUUUUAAAAACUUACGUGAGAGGGAAGUCCAUAUUUUUGUUAUUCUGAAGUUCAGCCGCGUCGCGUUUUUUGCCAGGUUUUCAAUCAACGCGUUUGUCUUUAGCACACGCUGUCGCACUUUAGUUUCCCAAAGGCUGUCAAAAAAUGUUUCUGUUGGAAACUCACGGGUAGCGAAACAUCAAGCCCGUUGUUGUGCGUUAAUAUAGGCUACUGACUAGAUAAAUAAGCAUAUUAUGUGAGUAUUAAUUCGGAUUGCAUACCGUAUAUGGAUGAAGCGCUGUUUUUAAAGCAGAAAUGUUAGCGAUAUUGAUGCUUGUUCUUGUACAUUAAUAAAACAUGCCGUUAAUAAAAGAAAAACGAAACAUUUA